AUGGCUUCGACCAAACCCGUCUACGCCGACAAGGCUACCUUUGAGAAGUCCGGCUUGGCUCCCUACCUCACAACCUCCACCAAAGCAGAUUGCUGCAGCAUCUGCCUGAAAGACCUCGCUUGCGAGGCAUCAGAGACCGCCCACAAGCCUCUGACCAAAGCUGAACGAAAACUGCUCGACGAUGAAGUCGACACAUAUCAAGACAUCUCCGACAUCCACCGCCAUCAAUACGCUCAUCGCCACCACAACGAAGAAGAGCAAGUCGGAGCAAGGCUAAAUGCCUGCGGUCACGUUUUCGGCAAGACAUGCAUCGACACAUGGCUGAAGGACAGCAACUCCUGCCCAAUGUGCAGGAUCGAACUCUUCCCCAAGAGCGUACGCCAACGUUGCCAGCCAGACUUUUCUGGUGGCAGAGUAGUAGGAUGGUUUUAG